GAAGAUCUUUUCCAUACAUAUAUACAUAUAUAUAACGCAAUCUUCGUAGUGUAAUUGCAAGAAGAUAAAAGAUGAGGGUGUUCAUAAUCUGCGGUCUUCUGUUUGCGGUUGUGGCCGCUGUUGCAGCGGAUGUUUCCGCCGCCGACAACAAGAAAGAACUGGAGGCGAAGCAAGGAGAGGAGGAGUCGAAGCUGUACUGCAAGUAUGGAUGUUGUUAUAUGGGAAGAUAUGGGUGCGUGAGGUGUUGUGCCUACGCCGGAGAGAAAGAGUCGGAAGGAGGAGUCGAUGAGGUUAAAUAUGACAUCGAUGGCCAUGGAGGCGGAGGCCAUGGAGGCGGCCAUGGAGGCGGUCAUGGAGGCGGCCAUGGAGGCGGUCAUGGAGGCGGAUAUGGAGGCGGAGGACACGGAGGCGGAGGUAGAGGCGGCGGCGGAGGACGUGGAGGCGGAGGCGGUGGUCGAGGAGGAGGAGGAGGUGGACUCGAUGCCACCACCCAAAAUGUGGAUGAGACCAAAUAUGACCUUGACCAGGGCGGAGGCAGAGGCAAAGUCGGCGGUCAAGGCAUCGGCAAAGGGGGAGGCAAAGGCGGCGGUCAAGGUGGCGGCAAAGGCGGUGGCAAAGGAGGCGGCGGCCAAGGUGGAAAAGGUGGCGGCAAAGGUGGAGGCGGCCAAGGCGGAAAAGGUGGCGGCAAAGGAGGAGGAAAGGGCGGAGGGGGUGGCGGCGGAGGCGGAGGAGUGUAGGCUUCCUCCGGAGACGGCGAAGAGUGUAGGUCCCACAAUAAUAUGAUAUUUAUGAUGACAUACAGAUGGGGAGUAUCAGUGUAUAGUAAGUAAAACCUACAAUAAGGUUGAUGUGCAUGGUUAUGGUAUGGUAUGGUCAUGCUUGCUCUCAUCCAUGUCCACCACAGGGACUGUCUAGUGUGAUCGUUGUAUGUUUUCCUCAUCAUCCAAUAUAAUUAUUACAAAUACUGUUAUUAA